AUGACAUAUCGAAAUUAGAAGUCAGGGAUACAAAGCAUUGUCAGUCCAAAUUCAAAGAACUCUGAAAGUGACACUCCAUUGAGAUUAGAAGAUGUCACAGUUCAAUAGGAAAAAUAUAGAGGUUAUUACACUCAGAGAGUCAAAGAACAAGAGGUAACUUAAAACCAAAAAGAUAAGAUCGAAUAAGCCAUUUUGAAUAAAGUUUCAAAGCUAUUUAAAGAAUACUACUAAGACCAUGGUGACGUUUAGACUCAAAGACAGAUGAAUAUGGUACGAGAGAGGGAACAGCGGAGGCUUAAAUUACAACUCAAACUCCUUAAGUUAAGACAAGAUAAAAAUGAACUUGAAACAAAUUACAAGCCAUUAAAAUCUAUGAUGUUAUCACCGUUCAUUCCAUCUCAAACUAACAGCACCUAAGGAAAUUACAAGAGUAAUAAUAUAAACAAGAACAGUGAUAAUACCUUCAGAGAUUAGAAUAUCUAAGAAGAUCUCUUAAAAGGUUGGGUUAUACAGUUUCAUAAGAAUCAGCUUUAUAAUAAUCUAGGCUUGAAACAAGCAAUUAACGAUAUGUAUCUGAGAUCUGGAAGUCUUGAUCUUGAAGUAAGUCCUAUGAAAAGCUAGCCUUUAAAUAUGAUUAGAAGUGCGAGAGAUCUCGGAAUUCAGAACUAAAAGCUACUUAAUUUAAAGCAACUCAGCAACAUGAAAUCUCAUAGAUAAUAUAUGCCUCUUUUUGACGAUUUUAGAUAUAUAAACAUAAUGAGGAAAAAUGAAGAAGUUAAGUCAAAUAAUAGUCAGCACUUAAGGCCACGUACUUUCAACAUAAAUCUUAUUAAGAGAAAGGUAACUGAUUAAAAAAUCAAUUCGAUGAUGAUAACUGAUAGUAACCUAGUAGUAGAAGGGAAAUUUUCAUAGAGUCUGAUACUCUCAAUGGUUAAGACCUUAAGUCACUGUCUUAGCGAUUUAUCUGCAAAGCUAUUCAAUAAUAAUCAAACCUCCUGGGCUAAUUUCACAAAUUGGCUUAAGAAGUCUUAGCUAUGUCAUAUGAAUAUUAUACUUGAGGAGAUAACUGGAAUUACUUUAUAGGUAGGAGAAAUUCUCUUAAUUAAAUUCAAAGACUUCCCAGAAAAGAUAGGAAUUUAAGAUCCCAGAUAUAUCCUGAACCUAGAUUCUUUGGUUUCAGAUGAGUGUGAAGUCUGGGAAGAUAAUCUUUUGAAGUUCAAAGAAGUCAGGCAAUUUUUCUUUCAUGCAUUUGAUUCAUAUUAACUUAUGACCUCCUAGUUGGGUUAUGGCUCAGUCAGAGACGAAGAAAUGAUGAUUAUGCAAGGUUAGAUUAUUGAAAUCAGAUUCAAGAUCAGUGAGUUCAUUUGGCUGAUAGAAAAGUAUACCAUUUUGUUUAUGGAAGAUAAAGCAACCCAAAAUGAAAUAAAUAGUUAAUACAAGAAGGACAGACCUGACUCUAGAGAGAAGAGAAAAGAGACUUAGAUGCAGUACAUUAGAAAAAUUCUCAAGAAAACUAAGAAAAUAAUCAGAUCUAAAAAUGAUCCUGAGUUCGAGUUCAAGAUUUCUAUUAAAAAUGCUGAGGCAGACUUGGUGAUUAAAAAGGAAAAGGUUUUCAAAGAAAUGACUGAAAUUUAGAAGAUAAGGAUUAAGGAAGCCCUAAAAAUAGGGUUGAGAGGUGGAUCUUAUAAAACAACAAAAUCAAUACAAGCAUUGACUGAUGAAAUAAGAAGAGAAGAAUAUUAAAAACAAUAAUUGAAAUAAAAAAUGGAAAUUUUAGCAUAGUAAAAGUGA